AUGCGUGUGAUUAAAGCCACAGCUAACCCUUCUAAAGAUUUGCCGGCUGCGACUCCUCGAACCAGCAAGAUCAUACGCGCACUGCUCAGCCUUCCUCUGCACGUUAUCAGACAUGAGAACGAACCAGCGUCCAUGAACCAUCGCCAACCUUGUCUUGUGGUACCAGUGGGUCGGGUACUCCCAGCGCCAGUAGUACUUCGCCGGGCCAGCGCGGAGGCGCUUGACAAGCAGGUCGUAUUCCGGCCUGAUGCGGAAGAACCGGUUGAUCAGCGUGCGGCGAGUCUUUCGACGCAGCUCAUCGUCAUCGGCCAUGUCCUCCUUGCCAAACGCGACGUACAGCUCCCAUUGGCCCCGCUCCAGGUAGAAGCCGCAGCACACCUGGAAGGACGUGAAGCCCUUCCCGGUGAGAUAGCGGGCGAUGUCCGCAAUCAGUUGCAGCGACUUCUUCUGGCACCCGAAGCGCUUGAUCCAGCUGACCUCGCUGGGUCUGCUGACGAUCUUCGCGUCUUCGGCGCGCUUUUCCUCGCCGGUUUUCCGGCUUUCCAGGUCGAUUAG